AGAAAGAUGAAACAGAGAAUCCAUUCACAGUAAAGAGAGAGGAUCGACUGUUACCCUUUUUUCUUUAAAGUGAAAGCGCGAUAGAUUGGAUUAGUUAGAGAGGACUAUUUGUCUAGUUUUUAUAUAUAGAAACAGAGGAAAGGGACAGCUGUGGAGGGUGAGUGUGGGGCUUCGUGGGGUUUUUAUCACGCACUCCACAGUCGACCAUCCUUCCCGCUUCUUUCUUGAAUCUAAUCUUUCAUUCACUAUCUACCCAAAAAUUCUAGGGAGAGGGAAAAUCCCAGAAAGAUACAAAAGUGAUAAAGUACUAAAACUAGAAGGUUUUGGGGUAUGACUUUAUGAGCUAUGCGGACCAGGUUCUUCUCUGAAGAUGGACACACCAGAGAAGACCCAGAUCGGCAAUUCUCUCUCUAAAUUUGAGGAUUCCCCCGUCUUUAAUUAUAUCAACAGUCUUUCUCCUAUCAAGCCAGUCAAGUCCAUACACAUUACCCAGUCAUUCAACUCAAUUACAUUUGCUUCCCCACCAUCUGUUUUCACUUCACCCCAUGUCAGUUCACACAAAGAAUCUAGAUUCCUGAGAAGGCAUAACUGCCCGGAUUUGCCCCCAGAUCUACCCAAACCUGAUUUUUCAUCUGAUAAUGGGAAGAAAAUCUGUACAAGUGAGGUUGUUGUGGAUGCAGAUCGGCUGUGUGAUAAUUCAGAUGAUUUACGUAAAAAUUUUAAGCCAGUGGUUUCCAUUGGAGGAGCUUCUGUCGAGCUGUCCAGUGAAAAUUCAAGGUUUUCUAUUGAGCUGCCAAGGAUCUUAAAAUAUGACUGUGGUAGCCCUAACUCUAACCCAACACCUCGUUGUGGUACCGCGACAGAUUCUGCAUCAGAGUUGGCUGGGUCCCCGGCAUUGCUUGUACCACAUGUUCAGGGACCCUCUGAGAAGGGUUCUUUAGAGUGUGAAGCAGGCGUAGAAAAUAUGUGCCAGACUGAGCAAAGGAAUGAAGGGACAGGAUGUGAGUGGGAGAGUUUGAUUUCUGAGGCUGCUGACCUAUUGAUUUUCAAUUCUCCCGGAGAUACUGAUGCUUUCAAGGGGCUCAUGGGAAGUCCAAUGGACCCUGGAACAAUAUUUCAUACUUCUCUUGUUUCACACUACUCACAAGAUGGCAUUAACAAUGCACAUAAAAUGCAACUAGUUGAUCCAGUUGGUUUGAGUGAACAACAAGAAGCAGAAGAUCCUUCCUCUCUAAUUGGAGAAACAAUUGACUUGAAAGAUAUAAACCAGGGCAGUCACGAUAAUGAAAAUCUCGAUCAAAGCAUGACUAGUGAUACAGAUGUGAAAGCUUACAAUCAGAAUGUUCCUAGUUUGCACCGCGGCAUGCGAAGGCGCUGCUUAGAUUUUGAGACAAUAGCUGCUCACUGGAAGAAGCUUGGUGAUAGUUCAAAAAGAAGUUCUUUAUUAUCAGUGUCUGAUGAGAUGAUUAACCCUAAAGAUAGGCAUCUGGUGUCUGCCAAACCUGGUAAUGAUUCGUGGCGCAUUCUACCCGGAAUUGGUUUGCACUUAAAUGCGCUUGCAAUAACUUCAAAGGAAAACAAUAGCACCAAGCAUGAAAUUUUGCCUUCUGGAAGUCAACAACUAAGCUUGCCUGGAUCCACUGCCUACAACAAUUCAACAACAAUUCAACAACCUGUUGAUGAACCUUUGACUUCAGCGUCGACAGAAAGAGAUGCUCCGUCUGAAAAUGUUGCUCAGCUUACAGAGGAUGCUUCUGUGGCAACCUCAUAUUUAGUUAGUGAGGAGUUCAAUCACAUUAGCCCAAGAAAGAAAAGGCGUAGAACAGAACAGGCUGGAGAAAGUGAUGCUUGCAAGCGCUGUAACUGUAAGAAAUCAAAAUGUUUGAAACUUUAUUGUGAAUGCUUUGCUGCUGGUGUCUACUGUAUAGAGCCAUGUUCAUGUCAAGAAUGCUUCAACAAACCUAUUCAUGAGGACACUGUACUUGCAACUCGCAAACAGAUUGAGUCUCGCAAUCCACUUGCAUUUGCUCCCAAAGUUAUUAGGAGUUCAGAAUAUAUUCCUGAAAUAGGGGAUGACUCAAACAAAACACCAGCUUCGGCACGACAUAAAAGAGGAUGCAACUGCAAAAAAUCAAAUUGUCUAAAGAAAUACUGCGAAUGCUACCAGGGUGGGGUUGGAUGCUCCAUUAAUUGCAGAUGUGAAGGGUGCAAGAAUACAUUUGGUCAAAAGGAUGGUUCUGCUCUCGGGGCAGAGACUGAACCAGAAGAAGAAGAUACUGAAGCAGCUGAAAAGAAAGGACUGGAUAAGACUUUACAGGUUGCUGAGAUUGAGAAUGAUGAACAGCAGAAUCCCUCUGCUCUUCCCACCACACCGAUACAGCUUAGCAGACCAUUGCUUCAGCUGCCAUUUUCAUCGAAGAACAAACUGCCACCAUCCAUUAUUGUUGGUGGAUCGACUUCUCAAUUCGUUGCUAGUACCAAAAGAUAUGGAAAACCUAAUAUUCUUCGAUAUCAGCCGAAGGUGGAAAAGCAUUGCCAAACCAUUCAAGAAGAUGAAAUUCCCGAGAUUCUGCGAGGCAACUGUUCCCCCAGCACUGGCAUCAAGACUGCUUCUCCCAAUAAGAAAAGAGUCACUCCUCCUUACUGUGACAUGGGUUCAUCCUCCUCGCCUGGCCUAAGGAGUGGCCGGAAGUUGAUAUUGCAAUCAAUACCUUCAUUUCCUUCUCUCACUACCCAGCAAUGAUAUGCAGUUUUUUCCCUAUAAAUCCCAGACAUUCAUUCAAACCUCCGUUCUUGCGUCGUGUAAUAUAGUUCAUGAGUUUGUUCCGGUACUUGUAUAAUAAAUUGGCAAUUUGCUGUCACAAUGUUCAACACCUCUUGUAACAUGUAUGUCAGUUUUCUCCAAUGUUGU